UUUUCUUCCUCCCCCCCUUUUCCUCUCUACCAACCACCUCACCCCCAAAAAUUCACAUAAACCACAUUCACAAUGGGUUUCACCGACUUCGUCUCUGAUGCCGGCCUGACUCUGGCCAACAACUACCUGGCCACCCGCAGCUACAUCGUUGGCGACGCCCCCAGCCAGGCCGAUGUUGUGACCUUCAAGGCCUUCAGCGCCGCCCCCGACGCUGCCAAGUACCCCCACGUUGCCCGCUGGUACAAGCACAUCGCCUCUUACGAGAGCGAGUUCUCCACCCUCCCCGGUGACUCCUCCAAGGGCUUCACUGCCUACGGCCCCGAGACCACCGAGCUCCCCUCCAACCCCAAGGACAAGCCCGAGGAGGAUGAGGAGGAGGACCUCUUCGGUUCCGACUCUGAGGAGGAGGAUGCCGAGGUCGUUGCUGAGCGCAACAAGCGUCUUGAGGAGUACAAGGCCAAGAAGGCCGCCAAGGGCCCCAAGCCCGCUGCUAAGUCUCUGGUGACCCUCGAGGUCAAGCCCUGGGACGAUGAGACCGACCUCAAGGUCAUGGAGGAGAACGUCCGUGCCAUCGAGAUGGACGGUCUCGUCUGGGGUGCCUCCAAGCUGGUCGCCGUCGGCUUCGGUAUUAAGAAGCUCCAGAUCAACCUGGUCGUCGAGGACGAGAAGGUCUCCACCGAUGCUCUCCAGGCUCAGAUCGAGGAGGAUGAGGACCACGUCCAGUCCACCGACAUUGCUGCCAUGCAGAAGCUGUAAAUGAUGUCCAUUCUGCGAUGUGGCAAUGGCGUGAUGAUGGAAUUUUUUGAUGUCUUAGGAACCCCCAAAUAGUAACGAACCUAGAAACCAGUCUGAUAAUGGCUGGUCUGAUGAAAAAAUUUAAAAAUUUUCACGACCCAUCAUUUUUCC